AUGGCAUUUGCUGUGAAGGAAAUCAAUAAAAACCUCCAGAUUUUACCCAAUGUCACUCUGGGCUUCCACAUCUGGAACAGCUACUUCAAUUCAAGAGAGACCUAUCGUGCCACAGUAGAACUUCUCUCGACAAAGAACAGAUUUGUCCCCAACUACAAGUGUGACUUCCAGAACAGUCUUAUAGCAGUCAUUGGAGGACUCGAAGCUGAAACUUCCCUCCUCAUAGCAAGUGUGUUAGCUAUCUACAAGAUUCCACAGCUCAUCUAUGGCACUGCUUCAGUAAUGAAUGAAAUAUCACCAGGCCUUUCAACCUACUGUAUGGCCCCAAAUGAAGUCAAACAAUACAAGGGGAUUCUCCACUUAAUUCUGCAUUUCAGGUGGACGUGGAUUGGGAUCAUUGUUGUGGAUGACGAAUGUGGAGAAAGAUUUCAGCAAGCCCUGAUUCCUCUGUUUUUUUGGAAUGGCAUCUGUUUGGCCUUCAUAGAAAAAAUCCUACAGGUCACAAGCAUAGAUUAUUAUUUUACUGUGAUGCAAGAGGGACUGCAAAUAUUUGAAGUUGUAAUGGAGAGUAAAGCCAAUGCAGUUGUCCUUUAUGGAGACACUGACACUGUCUCAUAUAUGAGAUGGUGUAUAAAAUUGUCAGAGACAGAAUUCACAACUGCAAAGUUUAAAGGGAAAGUAUAUAUUACGACCAUUCAGAUGGAUUUUGUGUCCUAUUAUUUUCAAAGAAAUUGGGACAAACAGAUCCUUCAUGGUGCUAUAUCCUUCACAGUUCAUGCCAAUCAACCACCAGGGUUUCAGCGAUUUCUUCAGAACAGAAAGCCUCAUAUGAGUGAAGGAGAUGGCUUCAUCAGGGAUUUCUGGGAGCAGGCAUUCCUCUGUCAUUUCUCAGAUUCACCACUGGGGAAGGAGUUUGGGAAAAAUUGCACUGGACAGGAGAAACUGGAGAGCCUUCCGGCAGAUAUCUUUGAUAUGAGGCUGACUGGCCCCAGCUACAGUGUCUACAAUGCUGUCUAUGCUGUUGCACAUUCUUUACAUGCCCUGCUUUCAUCCUGUAAUGGACACCAAAGGAUGAUGGAAAAAAAGCAAUGUAACUUCUUCAGUCAACCACCAUGGCAGCUUCACCGCUUUCUGAAAAGUCUGUCAUUUAACAACAGUGCUGGGGAGAAAAUUUCAUUUGAUACUAGUGGAGAAGUCACAAGAGGGUAUGAUAUUACCAACUGGCUUGUUUUCCCAAAUCAAUCUUUUUUUAAAGUGAAAAUUGGAGAGGUUCAUCCAGAAGCUCCUGCAGACCAAAUGCUAACCAUUAAUGAAGAUGACAUCACAUGGAACAGCUACUUUGAACAGACACAGCCCCUUUCAGUCUGCAGUGAAAGUUGCCUUUCAGGUUCUCGGAAAAGAAUGAAGGAGGGGGAGCCAUUCUGCUGCUAUGACUGCUUUCCAUGUCCAGAAGGGAAGAUUUCCAAUCAGAAGGACUUGCUUGAGUGCAUGACUUGCACACAAGACCACUAUCCAAACAGGGGACAAAAUCAAUGCAUUCCCAAAUAUGUCACUUUCUUGUCCCAUGAAGAACCUUUGGGGAUCACUUUAGUGGCUUUUGUCCUUUCCUUUUCUUCCAUCACCCUCUUGGUGCUAGGAGUCUUUAUAAAGCACCACAGCAGCCCCAUUGUCAAAGCCAACAACAGGAACCUCACCUAUUCUCUCCUGAUCUGCCUCCUCCUUUGCUUCCUUUGUGGUUUGCUAUUCAUUGGUCAACCACAACAGGUGUCAUGUCUCUUCCAACAAACCAUGUUUGGCAUGAUCUUCUCAGUUGCCAUUUCUUGCAUGCUGGCAAAAACGAUCGUGGUGGUCCUGGCUUUCCUAAGCAUCCAACCAGGAAGCAGCCUGAGGAAGUGGGUGGGGAAAAGAGUGGGCAACUCCAUUGUGAUUUCCUGCUCCCUUUUCCAAGCAGCCCUUUGUUUUGCAUGGCUCGCAACUUCCCCCCCAUUUCCGGAUGUUGACAUGCACUCAGAGACUGAAGCUGUUGUACUGGAAUGCAAUGUGGGGUCUGUCCCCAUGUUUUACUGUGUCCUGGGCUACAUGGGCGUCUUGGCCAUUGUUAGCUUUGUGGUGGCUUUCUUGGCCAGGAAGUUACCAGACAGUUUUAAUGAAGCCAAAUUUAUCACUUUCAGUCUACUGGUCUUUUGCAGCGUUUGGUUGUCUUUUGUUCCCACCUACCUGAGCACCAAGGGAAAAUCCAUGGUGGCCAUAGAGAUCUUCUCUAUCUUAGCCUCCAGUGCUGGCCUUCUGGGUUGCAUCUUUGUCCCCAAAUGUUACAUUAUUUUGCUGCGACCUGAGCUGAACAACAGAGAACAUCUGAUAAGAAUAAAAGGGAAAUAA